UACAAGCAGAGCCUCGAUCCAACUGUGGAUGAAGUGAAGAAGCUUUGCACGUCUUUACGUCGAAAUGCCAAGGAGGAGCGGGUCCUCUUCCACUACAAUGGGCAUGGGGUGCCCAGGCCCACUGUGAACGGCGAGAUUUGGGUCUUCAACAAGAACUACACUCAGUACAUCCCCCUGUCUAUAUAUGACCUGCAGACAUGGAUGGGCAGCCCCUCCAUAUUCGUCUACGACUGCUCCAACGCUGGUCUCAUUGUCAAGUCCUUCAAACAGUUCGCCCUGCAGAGGGAGCAGGAGCUGGAGGUCGCUGCUAUUAACCCAAACCACCCCCUGGCCCAGAUGCCUUUGCCCCCAUCCAUGAAGAACUGCAUUCAGCUGGCAGCCUGUGAGGCCAACGAGCUCCUGCCCAUGAUCCCCGACCUUCCAGCCGACCUAUUCACGUCAUGCCUCACCACCCCCAUCAAAAUCGCCCUGCGCUGGUUUUGCAUGCAGAAAUGCGUUAGUCUGGUGCCUGGAGUCACACUGGAUUUGAUAGAAAAGAUUCCCGGGCGGCUGAACGACAGGAGGACCCCCCUGGGCGAGCUGAACUGGAUCUUCACGGCCAUCACGGACACCAUUGCAUGGAACGUGCUUCCUCGGGAUCUCUUCCAAAAGCUCUUCAGACAGGACCUAUUGGUGGCUAGUCUGUUUCGAAAUUUUUUAUUGGCGGAAAGGAUCAUGAGGUCGUAUAACUGCACCCCCGUCAGCAGUCCACGCCUGCCCCCCACGUACAUGCACGCCAUGUGGCAGGCCUGGGACCUGGCUGUCGACAUUUGUCUCUCCCAGCUGCCAACCAUCAUCGAAGAAGGCACGGCAUUUCGGCACAGCCCCUUCUUUGCUGAGCAGCUGACCGCCUUCCAGGUGUGGCUCACGAUGGGCGUGGAGAACAGGAACCCACCUGAGCAGCUUCCCAUUGUCUUACAGGUGCUGCUGAGCCAAGUGCACCGGCUGAGAGCCCUGGACCUGCUGGGAAGAUUUCUGGACCUGGGUCCCUGGGCGGUGAGCCUGGCCUUGUCUGUGGGUAUUUUCCCCUACGUGCUGAAGCUGCUCCAGAGCUCAGCCAGGGAGCUGCGGCCUCUCCUUGUCUUCAUCUGGGCCAAGAUCCUCGCCGUGGACAGUUCGUGCCAAGCUGACCUGGUGAAGGACAACGGCCACAAGUACUUCCUCUCGGUCUUGGCAGAUCCGUACAUGCCAGCUGAGCACAGGACCAUGACAGCCUUCAUUCUGGCUGUGAUCGUUAACAGCUAUAACACGGGGCAGGAAGCCUGCCUCCAGGGAAACCUGAUCGCCAUCUGCCUGGAGCAGCUCAACGAUCCCCACCCCCUGCUGCGCCAGUGGGUGGCCAUCUGCCUCGGCCGGAUCUGGCAGAACUUUGACUCGGCCCGGUGGUGCGGGGUGAGGGACAGCGCUCACGAGAAGCUCUGCAGCCUUCUCUCCGACCCCAUCCCUGAGGUGCGCUGCGCAGCAGUCUUUGCCCUCGGCACAUUUGUGGGCAACUCCGCAGAGAGGACGGACCACUCCACCACCAUCGACCACAAUGUGGCCAUGAUGCUGGCCCAGCUCAUCAACGACGGCAGCCCCGUGGUCCGGAAGGAACUGGUGGUGGCUCUGAGUCACCUUGUCGUUCAAUACGAAAGCAAUUUCUGCACCGUGGCCCUGCAGUUCAUGGAAGAGGAGAAGAACUACCCACUGCCCUCUCCAGCCACCACAGAGGGUGGGAGUCUGACCCCCGUGCGGGACAGCCCCUGCACCCCCAGACUGCGCUCCGUGAGCUCCUACGGAAACAUCCGCGCCGUCACCACGGCUAGAAGCUUGAACAAAUCUUUGCAAAAUCUGAGUCUGACAGAAGAAUCCAGCGGCUCGGUGGCCUUCUCCCCCGGGAACCUGAGCACCAGCAGCAGCGCCAGCAGCACCCUGGGCAGCCCCGAGAACGAGGAGUACAUCCUGUCCUUUGAGACCAUCGACAAGAUGCGCCGAGUCAGCUCCUACUCCUCCCUCAACUCCCUCAUCGGUGUUUCAUUCAAUAGUGUUUACACUCAAAUUUGGAGAGUCUUGCUACAUCUGGCUGCGGAUCCCUAUCCAGAUGUUUCCGAUUUGGCUAUGAAAGUACUCAACAGCAUUGCCUACAAGGCCACAGUGAACGCCCGGCCUCAGCGCAUCCUCACCACCUCUUCCCUCACUCAGUCGGCACCCGCCAGCCCCACCAACAAGGGCAUCCACAUCCACCAGGCGGGAGGCUCCCCACCAACAUCCAGUGCAAGCAGCUCCAGCCUGACCAACGACGUGGCCAAGCAGCCGGUCAGCCGAGACCUGCCUGCAGGCCGGCCGGGCACCACAGGCCCCGUGGCGGUACAGUACACACCCCACUCCCACCAGUUCCCCCGGACACGGAAGAUGUUCGACAAGGGCCCAGACCAGACCACUGACGACCCGGAUGAUGCUGCCGGGCACAAAAGUUUCAUUUCGGCCACAAUGCAGACAGGGUUCUGCGACUGGAGCGCGCGGUACUUCGCCCAGCCUGUCAUGAAGGUAAUCCCGGAAGAGCAUGACCUGGAGAGUCAGAUCCGCAAGGAGCGGGAGUGGCGGUUUCUGCGAAACACCCGCGUCAGGAAGCAGGCGCAGCAGCUCAUCCAGAAGGGUAUCACAAGGCUGGACGACCAGAUAUUUCUGAACAGGAACCCUGGUGUCCCCUCCGUGGUCAAGUUUCACCCCUUUACACCGUGUGUGGCCGUCGCUGACAAAGACAGCAUCUGUUUUUGGGACUGGGAGAAAGGGGAGAAGCUGGAUUAUUUCCACAACGGAAACCCUCGGUACACGAGGGUCACGGCCAUGGAGUAUCUGAAUGGCCAGGACUGCUCACUCCUGCUCACAGCCACAGAUGACGGUGCCAUCAGAGUCUGGAAGAACUUUGCUGAUUUGGAAAAGAAUCCAGAAAUGGUGACGGCCUGGCAGGGGCUCUCCGACAUGCUGCCCACCACCCGAGGUCUGGCCCGAAAGGUCUCAAUCUUUCUUGACCGCAGUAAGCAGGGAGGCCACCUUCACAACAGCCUGGGAAUGGAAAACAGUCCAGAUCCAAGCCUGCUGGAGUGAGGAUGGCGCAGCUCCGCAGGCUCGCAGGGAGGAGGCACAUUUCACGACUCCAUCAGGACAGAAAAGUCGCUCCAGAUUGAGAUUUGCAUUCCCACCAAAUUUUUCAGAAAAGAAUCUUUUUCAGAAUUUAAUGCAAAGUCUCUUAAAGCAUCUGUUUCCAUCUGAAAAUCCAUAUACAAGUUUGAUAGUUACUAAAACACCUAUAUGCAACUGACUGUGGAUACACAUGGUAACACUGGGUUAGCAAACCCAUAUGCCUGCUCAAAAUGAGCCCUUUUCUCUCCUAAGCUCACUAGUCAGGUAAAUUGUAAAGAGAUGGAGCCUUAUGAAUCCAGGCAGCAGAUAGAAUUCUUGACCUUUAAUUUGCAGCAUCUGAGUUUAGAGUAUGACCAGCCUUCUGGUGAACUUUCUGUUCUGGUCUCUCUUUAGUCGCUCCCUAAACAAGGGUUCCCUGCAGGAAGGCAUAUGUGGCUGUGGGUCUGAAGGGGUCCCUCGUGCCAUCAGAACUGGAGUGGGUAGAGAAGCAGGUCCCAGGAGGCUGAGAACACGAUGUCCUUACAGAUGUACAAACUCACAGUUUCGUAUUUUACAAAGGACUCUUUUAGUAAAAAGUUCAAAAGGAAGGAAAAAGAGAAAAGAGAAAACCCGAGACUGACUCAAUCUUCACUCCUUUGCUUCCCGCCAGCAGUGAUGGCGGUGGUUGUAACAGGAAGGAUUUCUCUCAGAAAGAGCCUCCUGGGUUCUUAGAGGAAUGACAGGGUCACUUGCCCUGAAAUCCUGAAGAGGAGCCAGGGGACACCUUUCACGGUCAGGACCUGGGGCGGCCAGAGGAGGGCAGCCCCAUCCCCUGGUUGUCAGCUGCCUGGGGGCAGCAGCCACCCCGGAGGGCAGGGAACAGAUCGUCCAGCACCGGUGUGUGUGUGAACUGGACGUAAACCUUGGGCCUUGGGGCAGCUGUUAGUAUUCGUUGCCUGGAGCAUCUGGGCAGCAAGCAGGGCGCCGACGGCAGACCACAGGGGUGGCUGGCGGGGGGAGUCACGGCUGCCCUCCCCUCCCAGCCUCACUCCUCCUCCGGGGUCACAAGCACAUCCAGAGUCUAAAAUCAGCAGGACCUGGUGAGCAGGAAGCCCUCUCAGUGCAGGAGGCAGGACGCGGGGCCGGGUGGCAGCCCCCGUGGGCCCACGCAGGAAGGGGCACUGGCCGUGGGGAACGACGGCUCCCUCCUCUCCCAGGAGGCGUGUGCCCCACCCUGUCUCCUCUGACCCUAAGCAGCUACCACAUGUUCUCGCCCACCUCCCAGGUGAGAAGUGGAAGUUUAGGUGGGAUCAUUUGCUCCCGAGGAGCCCAGUUUUCUGUUGCCAGCCCUGUCCUGUGUCUCUGAACCUGCCGGCUGUCCAGGAGGUGUUCAUGGGCCCUGAGGGAGGCCUGAUCCCAUGGGGAGGCAUUGCGUCUGCAUCCCUGGGGAGGGAAUGGAGGUCGCCAUCCCACAGGUCUGAGGUUCUCACACGUGCCUGGUUGGGCAGGGGCUGGCCCCUCCUCCUCGGAGUUCCAGAACCAUAGCUCCUAAGGGCGUUUCAGGUUGGGGCUGAUGGGUCCUUAGGGAUCAGGUCUACAUGACAUGUCCUCAGAGGUCAGAUCCCCAUGUUGGGUUCUCAGAGGUCCGUUCCAGAUGACAGGGUCCUUAGAGGUCAGUCUGGACUGGCCUCUGAGCCUGGAGGGCUGAUCAUGGACAUCACAGGGACCCAAGCCUCUGAAACGACGUCUUUCUUCUUUUCACUGUCUGCUGGGCCUAGGGUUCUGUCUGGUCCCUGACUUACACGUUCCCGCUUCCUAGUCUACAGCCAUCCCUGUGCCAUACGUCUAUAUUUUAAUGAAGAAAUUCCCUCUUUUUUACGGCCAGCUUUUGGAUGGGAACAUGUGAGCAGGCCUCAUAUCCAGGAUGAAGUCAGACGGGAAUCUCUGCAUCCUGGUGGGGGCCGCCCACCACCCCCGGCCCCAGGCAGUGAGAUGGAUGGACCGUGAUCUCAGGCACUCAGGGUGCUGGAGUUCGCCCAGUGGGGGAGAGGCUGCAGCACGCGCGGAGCCUCCAUCAGUCGAGCACUCUCCGUGUCGAGGCGGCAGCGUCGACAGGGAGGAGGGGCCCUCCUGGGGGGAGCCCAGAGCAGCCCGCCUGCUCCCAAAGAAAAAAAAGGCCAAGGAGCCCCGGGGGAGGGAGGAGGGGCACAGGCUCUGCCCACAGCUGUCACUUUUCUGGGGAUGGGGAAGGAGGAGACACUGCUGAGACCGUGCUCCCCAGGAACGAAGUGAUUGGAAUCUUCACUCUGGUUCAAAGUCACAAUGUUCCUGUCUUAUGAGUUUUACUUAAAUCAUAGCCAUCAAUUUUGUUCCUUGUGCUCAACACGUCAAGGAAGAGUGUCACCCUUUUUAUCAUCUUUUACCAACUCGUGAUGAAUCAGAUCAUCUCUCCUCCGCUGUGUCUGGAGGUCGAGACACAGGCUUGGUUGGGAAAGGUCUCGAGUGAGAAGGCCAGUGUUUGCAUUCUGUUCUGGGCAGGAGGACGGGCCAGGACCCCAGAUCUACAGGAGGUGGCGGUCAGCAGGCGCAUGAGGUCGGUCAGGGUGCAAGCAGACUGUUGUUUUUAUCCCAGCAGUUUUCACGUUGAUCUGAGACUCUUCCACGGAUAGGAGCUCACUGUCUUAGGUGACACAGCUUCCACAAACAGUCUGGUAGAGCUAAGGAAGCAGCCUCGCCCAGAUUUGUCUGUAUACAUAGGACGCCUGCCUUCCCGGCGUGUACAGGACUUGGGAAGACCUUAGGAAACACGUUUCUUGUCUCUGCUGGCUUCACCAUGCUUUACAACUGGUUUAAACCAGCAUUUGGUCCGCAUCAGAGAAUCUAGAUUUAAAACAGGACUCAGAGCUCACGUGAUCCACAUCCCCAGGUCCUCUGACGGCCACAUGGGCACACCUUCCAGAGCCUCCAGUGCAGAUGGAGACGCUGGGGCCCUGUGUGGGAGCUGUGUCUCCCCAAAUACACGUGGUAGAGUCCUCGGCCCCAGCACUCAGAGGGUGACUGUAUUUGAGAGAAGGAUUCAGUUGAAAUGAGGUCACUUGGGUGGGCACUAAUGCAGGGCGGGCCCCCACUGGCUCUGAAUCCAUCAUGAAGGAGACUCAGCAAGAAGGAAGCCACCACCACUUCAUUUGGAGACCAGGUCAGGCUUCUUACCCCAUUGGGAGUGGCCGCGGCCUCCUCUCUGCUUCCUGCAUGGGCAUGGAGCUGAGACCCCCCUCCCAGUCCUUCUGUGGUCCCCCCAGACCCUCCCCAGCUUGUUCCCGUGACCCCAGGGCAUCCCAGAUGUCACCUGGCCACGUGCUCUCAUAAUUACACGGCUCCUGAAAGCCCCACAGGGCUGACACAGAGCUCCAAGCGCAGUUAAGGAUGCCCGAGAACACAGGGCACCCCAUCAGUGGUCCAUGGAUACAGGAGUCUGUGAGCCUCUGCAGUGACCUAGCACCCCAAGUCAGGUCGUGGGUGGGCGCGUCCUCUGUGAUUCAUUCACAUCAUGCACACCGGGCACAUGGUGAGGGGAAGCAGGUGGCGUGGUUUCAGGCUCUGCUUGUGGGCUGACUGGUCACAGUGUGACUGGGCUGUCCCGGACAGAAGUGGGGGCCACGUGCCCUGCCCUCUCCCCUGCCAGUUCUGAUCAUGGUGACAGGUGAGAGGCCUUGCCUGCAGCCUUGUCACCAGUAGAUGCCUUUCUGGCACAUUAGGGUGUAUUCUCCUGCCUGGGGUCAGGGGCGUGGCAGUGGGGAGACUGCAUUCUAAAAGGUGAAACAAAGGCUCGUCCAUUUGUUGUGUGGAGCCGACAUUCUGCAGGGUAGACAUGGCAGCCGCCAGCAAAACAGGGAGGACGGGAGGGGGUGUGCCAGGUGACACAUCUGGAACAGGUAUAAGACAGAACAGGGUGAGUCGUAGCCUCACAUGGUCGAGGAGGUGAAUGAGCACGAUUUGGAGGGGCUGCAUGGACGUCAGGAGAGGGGCGUUCCAGGCACAGGGCCCACUGUCAGUUAAGAGGACCAGCCUGGUCACUUUUGGAGCUCGAACCUUGCAGGGGCCAGGGCAGAAUGGGAAGCCAUUGGGGGUCUCUGGAGUGAGGGUUGAGGGGCUCAGAUCCAAGCAGGAACCUGAAGUGACACAUACAGAUGAGAGUCUGGAGUUCGGGAGAGAGAUCGGGCACUUGGAGGGAACUCCAUAGCCUGAAAGGGGCAUAUCAGAAAAGAACAAGUGAAGGUCACAUUGUCCAACUCAGGAAGUCAGGAGAAAAGUGGGCACCCACAGAGAGAAGGGGAAACCACAGAGGCAAACACAGGAGCUGCUGCCACAAAAAGUAGAGACAAAUGUAUAGAAAAGCAUGAUGACUUCACUUCAGACUUCAGUAUGACCAAAAGAAGACAUAAACAAAGUUAUAAUGUCAGUGACAGAAUAGGAGAGGAUAUUUGCAAUAUAUGAGUUAAACCAUCGGUGUCAGAAUGUAUAUUAAAACAUACAGGCUGCACACACCAACAUCGACCAGGAUUUGGGGAAAUCACACCUUGUGUCCAUUUCUGAUGAGACUGCAGACCAGCAUCCACUCUGGGAGUGAAACGGCCUCGCCUGGGGAGGUGGAACGCACAGGGAUAUGUCCCCUUCCCGGUGCUGCCACUUCCUUGUGCAAGGGCGUGUGGAAACGUCAGUGUGGCGUGGUUUACAGGCAGGGAAUCGUGGAAGUGACGGGCUCGUUCUCCAAAGGCGUGUUACCCAGAAGUUCAGUACUAAUUAACCAGAUCUGCAUCCGUUGGGUUGGAUAAACCCUCAAAACGUAACCUUACUGGAAAAACGCACAUUGCUGGAAAAUAUACCCCCGUUUGAAAUUGGCGACAUUUUUGAAAUGUGGGAGAUGUGGUUCAUGGUUUUGGACACGUGCCCUUGCAGGGGAGUGCACGGGGGCCAGCCUGGGAGGGCGCCCAAGGCCUGUGGGUGAUUUGUCUGGGGACAGGACAGGCAAGUGAGGCUUUCACUGUCUUAAAUUUCACUUCAAGAACGAAAAAAAGAGC